AUGACGAGACCGCGCGGCGCCUCUGCCGCGAGCGAGGAGAGCGCCGGCACCGCCGGAGAGCAGGAGCUCGGGAGCAUGUACGACUACCUCGCCAAGAUCAUCCUGCUGGGACCCAGCGGGAGCGGGAAGUCCUGUCUUCUACAUCGGUUCGUCAAGAAUGAAUGGCGGGUUCUCUCAUCACAGACCAUCGGCGUCGAGUUCGCCAGCAAGAUCAUCAAAGUCGGCACCGGCGCACGGCGGAAACGGAUAAAGCUACAGCUCUGGGACACAGCAGGGACAGAACGCUUCCGGUCCGUCUCGCGGUCCUACUACCGCGGCGCCGCGGGGGCCAUCCUCGUGUACGACAUCACCUCGCACGCCUCCUUCGCGGGCCUCCAGCCGUUCCUCAACGAUGCCCGCGCCCUCGCAUCCCCGAACCUCACCACCCUCCUCGUCGGCAACAAGCUCGACCUUGCCACCGACCCCCUCAUCGACACGUCCCUCCCGCCCCCGACCCCGAGCAGCAUCUCCUCGUCCGCCUCGACCUCGACCCCCUACGGUAGCAGCGGCGGCGGCGGCGGUUCCUCAUACUCGUCGUCGACGACGGCGACGACGACCCCGGGCCUGGGCACGCAGCUGCGGGCGACGGUGGCGCCGGACGGGCGCGAGGUGUCUGCGGCGGAGGCGAGCCGGUGGGCGGGCGGGGCGUCGGCGGCGGUUCCCGUGACGAUGGAGGUCAGCGCGCUCAGCGGGGAGGGCGUGGACGAGGUGUUUGGGCGCCUGGCGCGCAUGAUCCUCACGCGCAUCGAGCUCGGUGAGAUCGACCCGGACGACCCCAUGAGCGGGAUCCAGUACGGCGACGCGGGGGGCCCCUGGGCUGCCGCGGGGGACGGCGGCGGCGGCGACGGGGCCAGUGUCAAGAGCGGGGUGACGGUUGAUGAGGCGGGCGGGGCGAGGAGGAGGAGGGGGAGGAGGAGGGGUGGGCAGGGGGGUUUGGCGAUGGGGUUGAGGGAGUGGGAGGAGGUGUUUACUAACUGGGAGUUCAGGCAGGCCGACAAGGAAGACAGCAAGUAUCUCCCCGUUGGCCAAUUCCCCACCAAUGUCCAUCUCGACCUCCUGCACCAUGGCUUGAUUCCGGAUCCGUUCAUCGGCAAGAACGAGCUCGACGUCCAGUGGAUCGGCGAGGCGCAAUGGGUGUACAAGACCACCUUCUCUUCCGAUGCGGUGCCCGAGGGCGCCAAGGCAGUGCUGGCCUUUGACGGGCUCGACACGUUCGCCACCGUCGUCCUCAACGGGGAGACCAUCCUGGAGACGGACAACAUGUUCACGCCCGAGAGGGUCGAUGUCACGUCGGUCAUCAAGGAGGACAAUGAGCUGGUCAUCACCUUCGACAGCGCCUUUCUGAGGGGCUGGAAGCUGGUUGAGAAGUACCCGGACCAUAAAUGGGGCUGCUGGAACGGCGACAACUCCAGGCUGGCUGUCAGGAAGGCGCAGUACCAUUGGGGCUGGGAUUGGGGUCCGACACUCUUGACCUGUGGCCCCUGGAGACCCAUCAACCUGGAAAUCUACGAGUCCCGGCUAGCGGACUUGUACUGUGACAUUUCGGUCGACAAGUCUCUGAAAUCCGCCGAUGUCGUUGCCCACGCCCGUGUUGAAGGGAAGGCAGACAAGGUCCGGUUCGACGUCUCGCUGGAAGGCACCGCGGUGGCGUCCGAGGUGGUGGACUUCUCCCCCGAUGGCACCUCGGCCUCGUUCCAUCUCAGCAACCCAUCCCUGUGGUAUCCGGUCCGAUACGGGAAGCAGCCGCUGUACACGGUCAAGGCGACCCUGCUGCUGAGCGGCGGCAGCGAUGGGGCCGACGUCGACGUCGACAGGCUCUCCAAGAGGAUCGGCCUGAGGAGGGCCGAGCUGGUGCAGCGACCGCUCGAGGAACAGCCGGGCACGUCGUUCUUCUUCGAGGUCAACAACAUCCCCCUCUUCUGUGGCGGCAGCGACUGGAUCCCCGCCGACAACUUCAUCCCGCGGAUCAGCCCCGAGCGAUACCACGACUGGGUCAAGCUCGUAGCGGACGGCAACCAGUUCAUGAUCCGCGUCUGGGGCGGAGGCAUCUACGAGGAGCAGGCCUUCUACGACGCGUGCGACGAGCAGGGAAUCCUCGUGUGGCAGGACUUCAUGUUCGGCUGCGGCAACUACCCGGCCUGGCCCGAGCUGCUGCAGUCGAUCAAGCGUGAGGCCGAGGAAAACGUCAAGAUGCUGCGCCAUCACCCGUCCAUUGUCAUCUGGGCCGGCAACAACGAGGACUACCAGUACCAGGAGAGCGAGAACCUGACGUACGACUACGAGAACCAGGACGCCGAGUCGUGGCUCAAGACAGACUUCCCCGCGCGCUACAUCUACGAGAAGGUGCUGGCUGACGCCUGCAAAGAGCUGAUCCCGGACACGGUCUAUCACUUCGGCUCGCCGUGGGGCGCGGGCCGGGACACUCACGACCCGACGGUGGGCGACAUCCACCAGUGGAACGUGUGGCACGGCACGCAGGAGAAGUACCAGAACUUCGACAAGCUGGUGGGCCGGUUCGUGUCCGAGUUCGGCAUGGAGGCGUUCCCCAGCGUCAAGACCAUCGACGCGUACCUGCCGCUCGGCCGCGACGACCCGGACCGCUACCCGCAGUCGUCGACGGUCGACUUCCACAACAAGGCCGACGGCCACGAGCGCCGCAUCGCCCUCUACCUGGUCGAGAACAUGCGCUACGCCCCGGACCCGCUCGAGCAGUUCGUCUACUGCACGCAGCUGAUGCAGGCCGAGUGCCUGGCCAGUGCCUACCGCCUGUGGAAGCGCCAGUGGAAGGGCCCCCGGCGCGAGUACUGCGGCGGCGCCCUGGUCUGGCAGAUCAACGACUGCUGGCCCGUCACGUCGUGGUCCAUCGCCGACUACUACCUGCGCCCCAAGAUGGCCUACUUCACCGUCAAGCGCGAGAUGGCCCCCGUCAGCGUCGGCAUCACCCGCGGCGAGCACCGCACCCCGCGCGACAAAUACACGCGCGCCCACGUCGACGUCUCCACCCGCGUCGAGAUCUGGGGCAGCAACCUGACCCUCGAGGACCUGACCGUCGACUGCGUCGUGCGCGCCUGGGACGUCGAGACGGGCGAGGAGACCUUCUCGAGCACCGUCGCCGAGGGCAUCGCCCUCCCGUGCAACCGCUCCACCGAGAUCGCCGACCUGGAAGUCCCGGUCCGGAACGCGGGGGCCGGCGAGGAGGGCCGUACCGUCGUGGCCGCAUACAUCGUCCAGCGCGACGGAGACAAGUCGACGCAGAUCGCCCGCUACGUCAACUGGCCCGAGCCGCUCAAGUACCUGCACCUGCAGCAGCCGGCGCAGCUGAAGGCGACGCUGACGGAGGACGCGUCGGUCGUCGAGAUCAGCGCCGAGGUCCCCGUCAAGGGCGUCUCGCUGGAGGCCGAGGACGACGCGAUCAAGUUCGACGACAACCUCGUCGACAUCGUCCCGGGCGAGGUGGUCCGUAUCGGUGUCAAGGGGGCGACUAAGGACUCGAAGAUCGACACGAGGUAUCUGGGGAUGCAGACCUAG